AUGUUCGGAGACUGGUCAAACUUCAGGACGGAAACCCUCACAUUCAAGGUGGUAAACUUCAGUGGCUCCUACCAUGCCAUCCUCGGGAGGCCGUACUAUGCCAAGUUUAUGGCCAUAACCAACUACGUCUACCUCAAGCUGAAGAUGCCCAGACCAAAGGGCAUCAUCAUCCUCGCCUCCAAGAUCAUCGUGAAAGUGGACCUGGCGGAGAUCGAGAAAAACCUCCUCCCAACUGUCCCCGACUCCAGCAAGGGCACCACUGCGCCGGCAUUCCAGUCGGACGAGGAGACCAAGGAAGUAGAGAUCAACAGCAAUGACCCGACCAAGAAAGCACACAUUGGGGUGACCCUCUCCAGAUAA